CAUUCACAAUUCACACAACUAUUGAAAUGUAAAUCCCAAUAUCCCAUUUCCACGGGUUGAAAAAUAUCCUCCCCAAGUCUUCCAUAUAAUACUUCUUUAUCUCACACUACCCUUAACAUUAUAAAAACCCUAAAAUACAUAUCCCACACCACCCAGAACAUCAAAAUGUCAGACCAAAUACCUUUCCAUAUACAAGAGGACAUCAUCAAAAGGCUUCCUGUCAAACCAUUGCUUCAGUUUAGAUCCGUCUCAAAAGCAUGGAAAUCUUUGAUCGAUAGCUCUGAGUUUAUUGCAGCUCAGAGUGCCCUCCACACUCAUCCACAACAUCUGCUUGUAAAAUACGAAGAUUUGGUAGAAACUGAAGAUAAAUAUGUUUCUUUUAUAGAUGAUGAUACUUUCCUCCAACAGAGGUUUGUUCCCACUCUUCCAUUUUCCGUUAAGUCGCUUAACCUUUCAACAAUAGUCGGUAGUUCUCACGGAUUGUCGUGCUUGUAUGGUUAUCAUUGGGGCCCGGAGACUUCUCAUCGCAGCCUUAAAUCCCCGAAGACUGUUCUUUGGAACCCUUCGGUUAGGAAAUCGGUAGUUGUUGAUAUGCCUAAUUUGGUGUGUGGGGGCGAAGAAAUAGCUGUUGGUUUUGGGGUUUGUCCAGUUACUAGUGACCCCAAGAUUGUAGAGAUUACACAACUUCGUUCUUGGGUUGAUUUGGAAAGUGAAACUAGCGACUUUUGGAAAGCAAAGGUUUAUACGUUGAGCUCACGGAAAUGGAGAAAUAUAUCUAGCAAUCUGCCUAGUAAAUCAAUUCGUGUUACAUGGUCGCAGGUAGUUAUUGAUAGGUUUAUUUAUUGGUGUGCUUACCACAUGUUGACUAUACAUACUUAUAAUCUAAUCAUGUCAUUUGAUAUGACUGAUGAGAAUUUUAGAGUGGUUGACCUCCCAGAUAGCUUAGAGCAACACUCUCAAACUGAGUUAUCGGUUUCUAAGCUAAGGGAGUCUCUUGCGAUACUUCAGUAUAAUAUUGACACUGACACUGACACUGACACUGACAAACAUGUUUGUUCUGUUUGGAUGAUGGAGCAUGGUGUUUAAAGCUGGUUCACAAAGCUGUUCACCAUUACUGGUCAAUGGCAGUAUUGGGAUUUAGGAAGAGUGGCCAACCUAUAAUUGAGGUGAAAGAUGAUCUUGCUGAAUCAAGUGACCUUGCUGUUUAUGAUUCCAAUUCGAAACACAUCAAGGAUCUUGAGAUUUGUGGAAUAACAAAUUCAUUCCGUGUGAUUUCUUACACCGAAACCUUAACUUUUAUUCCUUCGGUCCGAUUGUAGUAGUUAUUGACUUGAAUCAAGGAAGAAGAUAAUGAACAUUGCAACGAGAUGACUAUUGGAGUAGGCAACUCAAGAUGAUGAUAUCUGCAGAAUAUUUGAAGUAGAUAAAAGGUUAAUGCAUCACAUAUAAUUUACGCAGUGUUCUGUGAGUUUAAUGUUUGUGACCAUUAUGCACAGUUAAUUAUCUUGUUGAGAGUGAAUUAAACAUGUUACGUUUACGUUAAACUGAUUCAAGCUUUUCCUGUCGGAAGGAAUUUACCGCCAAAAUAAAUUAAAGAAUUUAUCGUCUA